CAGGCAUAGAGUUGACAGUACCGUACCCGAUUCGCUUCCGUGUCACCUCUUUACACUUUGUAAACAUGGAAAGUCCCCUGUCGAGCGAGCUCCAGCUCUAGCGCUCGUUAUUAUUAUUAACUCAACUGUUAACAAGCAAGCUCAAGAGAGGAUUUACCUACCCCUCAUCCAUGCAUUCAACUGUGAGAAAGAUACUUUAUCGCAAAAUCACACAUUCCAUACGGAUUUCGGUGGUGUCUACUUCGCCAGGUUUUCCCGAUCCCGUUGCUGCUGUACGUUGGCGCUGGCCGCUCCAUCUCCGUUCAAAACACUGCAGCUAUUUUCGACCAUUCGUCAAUCUUGCAGGCAUCUGUUGUAGCAUCCUCGGUCCACUUACAUCAAAAGUUGGUAUCAUGGAAGACUUCUUGCCCCCAAGUCUCAGGCGAUUCUACACUGACGAACCAGCAUCAGGAUCGCUGGCCAAAGUUAAGAAAACAAGAGCUCUGUAUCUGAGUAAGACAUUGGAUGAGAAGGCUGAGGAAGCAAGGUGGUACAGACAAGAUCUGGUAGAUCUGAGAGACGUCUUAACAUGGCCAGAGUAUGCAGAUGACAUGGGACUGGAUGCCCCACAGGCAAAGAAGUCCACAUCAGCAGCUAAAGCCAACCUGAAUAAUAGAGUGAGUGUAUGGCAAGGAGAUAUUACAAAGCUAGACAUUGAUUGUAUCGUUAACGCAGCUAAUAGAUCACUACUAGGAGGCGGAGGAGUUGAUGGAGCAAUACAUCGAGCUGCUGGCUCAAAUCUCCUUCAAGAAUGUAAGAAAUUAGCUGGAUGUGAAACGGGAGAAGCUAAGCUUACUGCAGGUUAUCUCCUUCCAGCUAGAUAUGUCCUUCACACAGUGGGCCCGAUCGUCUACGGCAACCCGAGCCUAAACCACAGGGAAGCCCUAACUAGUUGCUAUGCAACGUGCCUCCAGCAAAUCCUCGAACACAACAAAAACAACCGUUCAAAGAUGGAGGCAGCCAGGAGGAAACGGGAUGCUGCAAAGGGUGAUGGGAAGAGCAGAGACGAGACGGACACCAAAGAGAAAGAGAGCAAAGAGGAUGCUUCAGCCAAUGGGAGGCAAGCAUCAGAAGAGGAAGGGGAUAGCGAUUAUAAGACGCUACAGGAGGAUUUGGAAACAGCAGAACCCUUGAUCCGAUCAGUUGCCUUCCCCUGUAUAUCAACAGGAGUGUAUGGUUACCCACAGGAAGAAGCUUGUAGGGUGGCCCUUGGUACAGUCAGAGAUUGGCUAGAAGAAAAUCAUGAGGAGAUGGAUAGGAUAGUGUUCUGUGUAUUCCUUGAAAAAGAUCUCAAGAUUUAUGAGAGAUUGCUUCCAACUUUCUUCCCCUUGGAAGGUACAUCACCGAGUUCAAGAACAGAAGAAGAGGAUGAGACCUAGUCUUGACCUUUGAACCUUAUAAAUACUUUCAACCAAUGCAGCGUGUGCCCCCAGGGGCAGUGUACAGAUAGUCAUGCAUAAGAUAAAUUGAUCGCAAAGUCUCACCUAGGCCCGGAAACACAAAAAAUAGCAACUGAUUGUAUUUGCUUGAAUCGUUUGCAAGUAAACCCUAUCAACUUAAAGCUGGACACUUAAUUCUUUUCAAGGGUCAACCAAAUCCCCUUUCAUUGGACAAUAAACCAUCAAAGCUACCAUCACCAUGGAAACAUUCAAAUAAUACAGACAGUUUAAAGUAAUUGGGUUUGACAAUCAGUUGCUAUAAAGCUUUGUGAUGUGGGACAAAUUUCUUGAUGUACAAAGAAUAAUAGUGAACUGAUCUCGAUAAGAGGAGACAUGACGUGGUCUUUUGUACUUCCAGUAAUAUUAUUCAUUUUCUAUCUCUUCUGCUCUAGGGAGUGGACACAAAUUGAAACAUGUCUGCUGUUUAUGAUGGUAAUCAUUUAAAGAUUGUUAUUUUUAUUAUGCAGGUACCUGAAAUAUAUAUAUAUCUCUUCCUUCUACAUGCAUAUUCAUGAGCUGCAUAUGAAGUUGUUAGUAGUGAAGUAGACUUCAAUUUUAUUGGUGUUUUUGUUGAAUGUUGGUCUGUUUCUUCUCCAAAAUUGGAGAAAAAAAACCUUACUGAUGCAAAUAUAUUGCAAAAUAGGACAGAGCUAUAACAGCAAUAUAUAUGUCAACAGGUUGCCCACAGGUUGUACAUAUUGCAAUUUUUUUUUUAAAUUGAAAUUCUUCAUUAAUUUUCAACCUCAUCUUUUGCUUUUGUCUUUUCAUCUAUCACCAAUUCUUCUGCUUGGAGUUAGAUGCAGUGGUGCCUGAAUUACAUGUAACUGAGUGGACAUAAGAUUGGAAGGGCAAGCCAUUGUGUUCUUGCAGUGCUGUGCCCCUCCAAUCCUUUACCUAGUCUAUUCUUUCCAGGCCCACUGGUUGGAUGUUUUGCUUCUCAAAUGCGUUCUUCCGAGCCUAUUUCACUUGGGUUUGCCAUUUAAUCACAUUUCAACUUCAGAAUAAGUUACCAACUAUCUUCUUGCUGUAAUCAGCUACACGAAAGUGUUGUUAAAAGCUCCUGUUUGGUAUUAUGCUGAUGAGUUGACAAAUUAUCGCUCUGAAAUUGGUUUAUAUUUGGGACAGGAUUAAGUGUAAAAAUACAAUACUGUAUCAAUUAUAGUUGGUUAUGUACCUGAAAAUUAUUUUCUACCCAGGCUAGAGGCCAUAUAAUUUCAUUGCAUGAUGCUAUCAACAUGGGAUAUGCAUAAAUGAUAUCUAAAUAUUUUCUUCAUUUAUCUAGUACAAAUUGCUCAGGAUAUGUCAGAAAUUAUUACUGUAGAGAUCAGACAUGACUAGUGAUUACCUCAGCUUAUCAAUGAAAAUUACACUCAGAUUUUGCUAAAAAUUAUGCGUAUGCAAAGAAACAGCCUUACAAAUAUGCCUAUGCCUAGAUUUGCACUGCAUUGCUAUAUAUGAAUGGAGUGCCAAACUUGAAAACUCUGUAAGCAUCAGAUAAUCAUUAUUGGAUUUUGUGGUUGAUAUUACGAACAGCAGUUUAAAUCCGUUAAUAUAGCUGCGGUGAAUACGAUAGGGAACUAAUAAUUCAUGGCUGGGUUGUUAAAACCUUGUAUCUCAAAAUUUAAAAAUUUUGAGGGCAACAUAGAACAAGCUGUAUUUUAGAAAUAUGGCAAUGGUGAUCAUCUUAUAUUGUAUGAUAACAUUCUCCUGUUAACUGUAAAAAAAUCUUUCUAGGAAAAAGCAGGUUGCUACCUAUGUUAUCACAAAAAAAAUGAAGCUUAUUCUGAGCUGUCAUCAAAAUAUUUUUAUUUUGAGAUGCAAGGUUUAAACAGCCCAGAGACGAAUUGCCAAAAUGUUUUACUUGUGCUAUUCUUUUUCUGACGUUCUGGUCUCACACUGCUAUGGUCAAGAAAUUUACUACAUUUUUCAUUGGUAGGCCUAUAUAGUUUAAGUACCGAAAUGCAGGUAACAGGUCCCCAAUG